AUGGAUCAUAUGGAACCAGAGAACCAAGAGGUCAAGGAAGAAGUUACGAGCCUCGCGACUCUGAUGGAGUCUGUUAUUGCUGCUCAUAAUCAACUAUCUCCAACACCUGCAACUCCUCCUCUAAGUGCUCCUAAUGAAUUCACUAAAAUGGUGAACAUGAGGAUGCAUUUAGAAGAGGGUGACCGAGAGGGCCAUUUGUCUAAAGAAGAGGCGUCUACGAGCAAGAAGUAUGCUGGGGGGUUCUCCAAGAAGAAGGAGAGGGAAACCAAUGCAGUGACUAUAGAGAGGCAAAGGAGGCCUCAUGAGAGGAAGAAUUCCAUAUCUCGCCAACAUCAUCAAGUAUCAUCAGUUAUUCUAGUUUUCACAAACAAUCCUAUUCAAAUAGUUCUAGUUCAACAACAACAACAACGCACCGACAACAAUCAUAACUAUAACAACAAUCAACAUCAAAAUGUUGAGAGGACGAAGGGGGCUCCUGGCCAUGACAUAGAGAAUUGUUAUCAAUUGAAUUUUGAGGUCCAGAAGUUGAUCAAGAGUGGUAUGGUGUCCUUUGAGGACCGCGCACCAAAUGUCAAACUUAAUCCUUUGCCUACUCAUGGCAAUGCUUCUAUAAAUAUGGAGGAUGGUUAUCCUAGUAACUUCAGGAUUUUUGAUGUGCGUCAUAUCAGACAAUCUUUGGUGGAGAUACUUAGGACUUUGUAUUUGAUUAGUGAUUGUGAACAUGACCAUGAUGGUUGUGUUAUAUGCAAUGUCAACCCUCGAGGAUGCGUGAUUGUCAAGAGAGACAUUCAGAAGAUUGAGAAUGGGCAACAAGUUCCUCUUCCCGCAGCAAAUUCAAUAGUAAGCAUUGCAGAUGUUAUAAAGGUGACUCGUAGUGGUUGUGUAUUUAGCCCAGUAUCUCCGAAGGUUGUGGAGGAUGUUGUGGUAGGUAAGAAAGCGGAUAUUCCUGUGUCUGGUAAAUCCAGCGGGUUGAAGGUUAAGGAUGAUGAUAUUGAUGAUGAGAAGAUCUAUGUCUUGUAUUUGCUGAUGAACUCCGAGGCACACCGAGAAGCAUUACGGAAAGUGCUUGAGCAAGCAUAUGUAGAGCACGAUGUUACAGUGGAUCAGUUUAAUCAUAUUAUCGUAAAUAUCACUUCUUGCAAUAAUCUGAGUUUCUGUGAUGAAGAGCUUCCUAACGAACGAAAAAAUCAUAACAUGGCUCUCCAUAUAUCCAUGAAUUGUAAAGAAGAUGAUUUGUCUAAUGUUCUAGAAGAUACUACUUUGUCUUUGAACGUUCUGCUUAAAUCUACUUUGGCGAGGUUAUCUUAUCAGGCCGCACCCAUGAGAUACAACAAUGUGGUUGUGAAAGAGUUCAAUGCUUCUCGUAAAACUUUAAUUGGAGAAGUGGACCUUCCAGUUAAGAUUAGUCUGAGUGAGUUUCAGAUUACUUUUCAAGUAAUGGACAUUCACCCAGCCUAUAGUUGUUUACUCGGCAGGCCAUGGAUUCACGAAGUUGGUGCUGUCACGUCGACUUUGCAUCCGAAACUCAAAUUGGUUAAGAAUGGAGGAGAGAAAGGGUUGUUGGUUAGCCAUUUGUCUUCUUUCACCUAUGUUCAAACUGAAAAGGAAGUUGGAACUCCUUUCCAAGCUUUAUCUGUAGCUGAUGAGGUUCAUAAGAUUGGGGCAUCCAUGUCUUCUCUGAAAGAUGCAAGGGAAGUUGUUCAGGUUGGUGGCACCGACAGGUUGGGUCGUGUCAUAGAAGUUAUUGAGAACAAGAACAAGGUUGGUCUAGGAUUUUAG